AAAUCCUUCAUUUUCUUUCCCUUUCUCUUCUGAUUUGAUCUGCUUGCUCUGCUCUAUUCUUUGUAAUUUCCUUUUCGUUUUUUUCUUAAUUUCUUCCUUGCCCUGUAAUUUUCUGUCUCCCCUCCAUUUCAAUCCCGUACAUAUUCAUAGCUGUGCUUUUUGGCAAGAUAUCAGUAGUCAAGCCAACAGUGCAUCAGUGAACCAUUCUUAUUUGAAUCCUUCGAUUUAAUUAAGAAGGUCCAUCCGGUUAGCCAGCAAAAGGAAGUUGAGAAUAUAGAAUAGACAAAGGAAGUAGGAAAAUGUCAGGUGUAUCUCUUGCUGUGGCUCCUCGUACCGAGCCAGAUGAGACCACUACCUCAGCCCCGAAACCCCAACAGAAGCCUCUCCAGCAGCAGCAGCAACAGGCUGCAGUGGGGGGCAUAAUGGGUUCGCUGCGUGUCAUUGAGCUGCAGCUAGUAGCUUUCAUAAUGGUUUUCUCAGCCAGCGGUCUUGUCCCGCUCCUAGACUUAGUUUUCCCAGCAUUUGCUUCUGCUUACCUCCUUGCCCUCUCAAAACUGGCCUUCCCAUCACAAGGCACCACCAGGGGAUCCCAGGAAAUAUUCCAAGGAGGUAGACUGUUCAGGUUCUAUGUGGUUCUUGGGACGGCGAUGGGGCUGUUCUUACCGCUGGCUUAUGUUUUGGGCGGUUUUGCCCGUGGCGAUGAGCAUGCCGUUCGAUCAGCCACUCCCCAUUUGUUCCUACUUUCGUUUCAAAUACUGACGGAGAACAUAAUUAGCGGGUUGUCACUAUUUUCGCCCCCCGUGAGGGCGUUAGUGCCUCUGCUCUAUACCGUGAGGAGGAUCUUUGUGGUGUUGGACUGGAUACACGAUGUGUGGGUCAACAAGGCCUUGCCUGCCAAUGCCCAAAUUAAGGAUGUUGCAUGGUUUUGGUUCGGGAGGGGCCUGGCAGUAGCCAAUCUGGCGUACUUCUCCAUCAACCUGUUUUGCUUCUUGAUUCCUCGGUUCCUUCCGAGGGCUUUCGAGACCUAUUUCCGGGCCCGGGACGAGGUACACGCGAAGGAGGCCGAGGACAGGCGGCCGGCAGCCGCAAACAAGCCCCAGCCAACGGACAAGAAAGCUGAUUGAAAUCCCUCUUUGCUAUGAGGUUAAGCGGUAGAUUUAAUUUUGUGGGUCGAAGUCGUGUUACCCUUUUGAUCUUUUCUGAAAUUUAGUUUGCUGUGUUAAUGAAAGUUUGGUUCAUCUAUCAGCUGAUUGGUAGGGGCUUCUUCUUGGUCCCUGCAGAUGGAUAGAUGGGUCUUCACUUAAUGGGGAUUUUGGAAUAUUUGUUCUUUUACGUUUUUUGGGUAGUGAAGUAGUGCUCUCUCACAAAUUAUGCACACUACCAGGCACUUACAUAAAAAGAGAAGGUAAAGAAUAUUCUCUUUGUUCUUUUAAGUAGUGUGGGGUGGAAAUAUUUUACAUGAAUUUCCUUUUGAAAUUAUUUUUCAGCAUCUGGCCGGGUGGGUAGGAUUUUGGGAAUAUAAUUUUCAAAAAAUUUCAAGAGGGGUAUUUCAUAUCUGUA